AUGUCGCGUUCGUUUGUUCUCGUCCUGCUCAUGGGCUUGCUGAUGGGGGUGUCCUGUCGACCGAUGUAUGGAGGCAGCCUGAGGGGAGGAAGCAGAGGACGCUUCAGGUCAGCCGGACUGUUCGGCGGCAAGGAAGGCGAACUGUUCGACGGCAAGGAAGGCGAACUGUUCGACGGCAAGGAAGGCGAACCUUUCGGCCGCGAGAAAGACGGAAAGUUCGGGAUGGGAGAAGGCAAGGAAGACGGAAAAUUCGGGAUGGGAGAAGGCAAGGAAGACGGAAAGUUCGGGAUGGGAGAAGGCAAGGAAGACGGAAAGUUUACCGGAUUGAUCAACGGAAUGUUCGGCGGGAUGGAAGGAGGCAAGAAAGAAGAAAUGUUGGGCCGACUGUUCCGUGGAAUUGGAGAAGACAAGAAGGGAGAAAUGUUGGGCCGACUGUUUCGCGGAAUUGGAGAAGGCGAGAAAGAAGAAAUGUUGGGCCGACUACUUGGCGGAAUGAAAGGACGCAAGAAAAAGGACAUGUUCAAACGGCUGUUCAGCGGGAUGGAAGGAGGCAAGAAGGACGGAAAGUUCCCCGGAAUGUUUGGCGGAAUCGGAAAAGGCAAGGAAGACGGAAAGUUCUCCGGUAAGUUCCCCGGAAUGGGAGCAGACAAAGAAGACGGAAAGAUCCCCGGAAUCGGAAAAGGCAAAAAGGGCGGGAAGUUCCCCGGAAUGUUCGGAGGAAACGAAGAAGGCAGGAAAGAAGGAACGUUCGAAAAAGGCAAGUUCAAAGAUGACGUUUUCGACGGCAAGGAAGGAAGAAGGGUCCGUGGCAGGGGAGGGCCCCGGGUAAGGCCCUGA